AACUCCGACUAUUCAUGGAAAUGGACCAGAUUUGAAUUUUCUCGAGGAAGAGAAAAUCCUUACAACACUUGUCACCUUCUUAUCUCCGUCUUGUCGGUCACGUUUUGUUCCCCAGCCUAAAAAUAAGCUUUCUAGAACGCCGUAAGUUUGUUGUGUGCUAAUCCUCGAAACUUACUUCCCCUUUCUCUCUUUCUUUUUUAUUGCCUUUUAAAAUUCUGAUCGGAUCAUAAAAGUUGAAGGAAUUUAGUUCUUCGAUGGUUUAUGCAAUUUAAUGGGGUGGGUUUUGAUUCUGAUAGCUGAUUUGCUGUGAAUUGGUCUUUAGUUCGAGGGUUUGCAAGUGUGAGAAUUAUGCAGAAGAAACGAGAGAUCUGUGAGUACAGAGACAAGCUAGACAAGACCUUGUCUUCUCCUGACCUCAUCAAUCACGAGACUCUCAAAUCCCUUCUGAGAAAUCAGCUUUGCUCCUCCCAAGAGUGUAAUGAUGAGAAUAUAUUGGAUAAAAGAACAGCUGAUGUAUCGAAGCUACUUGGCAAGCUUAGGAGUGUUUCCAUGACGGAUCAUCAUGGAAACAAUGAUGCAUCAUCACAUAGCGAUUGGAAACUGAAACAUGAUCUUGAAGAUUGCCGUGUUAUGUACCGUGAAGGGCUCGAAGGAAGUCCUUUUCACACGAUGCUCGUUGAAGGUUACAUGGAUGCCCCUGUCGAAGACUGUUUGUGCGUUUCGUGGGAAUCAACCCUCUAUAAGAAAUGGUGGCCACAGUUUGCAUUUCCGCCAUUCAGGAUCUUACAAAGCACAUGCUUGCAAAAGGCCAGGACCGGUGAACAAAUAUCUUUAGUAAGGAUGAAGAUACCAUGGCCAUUGGCGGACAGAGAGAUUCUUGUGCACUAUUUCCUAUUUGAAUACUUUGAAGAUGGCUUAAUCGUCAUCCUUCUGAACUCGAUCUCUGAUUUAGAUAGCAUUGGCGUUUCCUCUAAGGACAUCACCAAGAACGUCAUACCUGAAUCACCGGAUGCAGUGAGGAUUGAUCUCGUAGGCGGAUUUGUUUUACAAAAGGUUACUCCAGAGAGGAGUUACUUCAGGACGAUCGGGGAGAUAGAUAUAAAGCUGGACUUGGUUCCUCCGUCCCUUAUGAACUUUAUAUCUAGGCAGGUCAUCGGUAACGGUUUCAGACUCUAUAAAAAGUCAGUUGCUUCGGUGGCUAAAUUUGAUGAAGAUUACAGCAAAGCUUUGGCUGAUCCUUUGUAUACCAAAAUACGCCAAGCUCUGUAUUCCACUGAUAAGGGAGUUGAGGAAGUGCCAAAUUUGGAAGCCAAUGAAGUGAACGGCGAUCCUCUGCCAAAGAACGAACAAAUGAAUGAUGAAGAUGCUCGUGAAAAUGAACCUGUCAGUAUUAGAAAAGCUGUUACCGAGAUUGAGGAAGAAGAAGAAGAAGAUUUUGAGGAAAGUGUUUCUUCAGAGGAGGGGAAUGUAAAUACCAAGACUAAUGUCGAUAUGAGAAGACAGUUUUGCAUCAGUCCAGAGGUAGAACAAGCUUUAGGGACUCUAGAUAGAGUAAUAUGCAUGGUCAGAAAUAUAACGCCGGUCCAAGAAGCUGAGGAACUGUCUCCGAAUAGAGCAGAGAAUCAGACAAAGCCAGUAAGUUUGUUAGAGAACAUCAUUGAAACUGUUUCUCAAAGAUCACAGAGACAAGAUUUUUCAACCUCAAUGGUCACACAAGAGACUAGCGAUUUUAGCCAAACAGAGAAGAGAGAGAUCGAGACAGGACAAAAGCAUGGCAGCUUAAAUAAAGCUAAGAACCCGAGCUUGCGGAGAAAACGUAAGACACGCUGCUUUGCUUUCAGGUCCUGGCUGUGAAGGAAGCUCAAGUUCCCAUUGUUAUGCAAGAGUGUGUGGCACCAUAAAGUGUUUUUACUUGGAAAUCUCUUCUUAGAUGGAUGAUUCAUGCAAAAGUUUGUGGAUUCUUUUUGUAAAACUUGUAUCUUUCGAUAAAAAAAAAUCAUAUAUAUAUUUGUAAAAAGUAAAAACUAGUCCAAA